GAGCCGGAGGACAGUGUGCACUAAAGGUGUGAGAAAGAUGAGACUCAGGUCAAAACACUCCCAGCAGAGCUCCCCAACAGACACUCCAUGGUACUUUGGGAUUGGUUCUAGACCGCUGAAGUCCUGUUCUCCCCACAGCUACCUCCCAGUGAAGAGAUCGAUGAAUCCUGUGUGGCCCAAAGCGCACCGCUUCCACACCCGUCUAAUGUUUCGCCUCAAGGAUCGGAUGAAGAUGGAGAAGGGCCGGGGAGCGGAGGGGGAGGUCGCGAGCGGCGAGGGCACACUGCGGGAGCUCGCCCUGAAGUGGUUCACCGAGACCCAGGCGCCGCUCAUCCUCCAUGAGGGCAACUUCCCUGCAUGGUUCCAGGGAUUCAUCACCAGAAAGGAUGCAGAGGAUCAUUUGAGAGAUAAGGAGCUCGGCUGUUUCCUCAUCCGACUCAGCGACAAAGCAGUUGGCUACAUCCUCUCCUACAAGGGUCGAGACCGCUGCCGCCACUUUGUCAUCAACCAAAACAAAACGGGCCAGUUCAUUGUAACGGGGGACACGGAGAUGCACAACACUCUAACCAGCCUGGUGGAGUACUACCAACAGAGUCCCAUCGAGCCCUUUGGAGAGUACCUCACCCGCUCCUGCUUUCAGUCCUCCAGUGAGGAGCUGUAUGACGUGAUCCAGAACGACUCGAAGAAGAAGACAGGGGUUAGUGUGCAGGCCAUGAAGAGCAUGUGGGAUCAGCGCAGUCUGAGUUCAACUGACGGAGAGAGCCUGCCUGCCUUACCCCCGAAGAGCAACCGCAGAGAGAGACCACAGCCUGCCUCACAGGCUUUGCCUCCAGUGCCAAGAAGAGGCCUCCCCUCAAAGACAGCGUCUCUGGAGGGCCCCAGCCCCUCUCAGGAGCCGGACAGGGUCCUGUACGCACGUCUGGAGCAGCCGCGAGCCACCGAGAGAGAGCCGCCCCUCGCACCAGCCGGGGGUCACAUUCACAGAGGUCGCCGGGGACCCUGGAGGACGAGCGCAGAGCAGGGACUCCUCAUAGGGGAGCGUGGGCGAACGCCAGCCCCACCUCCAGUGCCGCCACUGCUGCUGCCGCUGGGCCCGGUGUCGUGUACACAGAGCUCAGUCUCAUGGAGUGCCGCAGCCGCUCCCUGCCGCUGCUGGAUGAGGCGGGAGCAGAUAGCCACUCCUACCGGCUGGGCGUGGCAUCUACCAGCCCGCCAAGUGUGUCCCCGGGUCAGCCGCGCCGCGCCGGGCACACCCUCUCGCUCCUGGACACGAGGCCCGCGGGACCGGCCGUUGCCCAGCAGCAACAGCCUGGAGAAGCUGAAUGGACCCCAGCUGUAUCAUCUGGCUGGGAGACCUCCAAGCAGCAGAGGCAGUCACAGGAUGGCAGAGCUGGACGACAGGGCACAGGAGAGCGAUACAACAUAUGCAGAGGUGCCCCAUGAUUCCAUCCCCAGACGCUUCAUGCACAACACGUAUGAGCAGAUCCCCGAGCACAAGGCUCAGGCCUGGGAAGAGGACCAACGAACUCUGGGAAACACAUAUGAGUCCCUGGAGGACCUGAGGACCAACGCUGCUUCAAAGGGUGAUAAAUGGAGAUGGCCAUUUCCGGACCACUGGAAGAAAUAGUGACGCUGUAGAGGGAACCAAACACACUGAAUUAGUGACCAUACUGAACUGUUAAAGGUGAACUCAGUGGCAGUCCUCUAUCAUCUCUGCCAAUCAGGUCCACAAAGGCAACACUACAGGAAAUCACUAACACAGGCACACACAUAAGAUAACACCACUAGAAUUAGUUCACCAUAAAAUAAAAUAAAAACUCUAGGGGUUCAUUCCUUUUACAUUGUAGUUUGACAAACUUUGAGUGCUGGGCACACAUUUGUUGUUAUAUACAAGUUCUCUGUAAAUUAUUAGGAUUUACUCUAAGCAAAUGCAUUUUUUUAUGUUGUCUGGACUAUCUGUGUUUGCAAUGUUUAUGUUUU